AUGUGGCAUGCAGCGAGGCAACAAGAAAAAAAGAUCAAAGAGUUAAUGGUGGAUCAUAAAAAGAGAGCAGAACGAAGAAGAGCAUAUUACGAAUCUCGCCUUGGUGAUCCUAGCCAACUACUUCGCCUUACUGGUACAGCAACUAAACUUUUUCCUAACGCAGAACAACACUAUUUCUAUGAAAAUUCCGAAAAGUCCCUAAUGCAAUGGCAAGGAGAUGCUGAAACGAGAAUUGAUAGAUUUGAUGGGCGUGCGCUUUUAGAUUACCUGCCACCGGAUAAUCCAAACCUGUCUAUUCUUCCCACAGAUGAAAGGGAUUUGCAAGAAGAACUUAACUUUGAAAGAUUUCGUGACUUAGUAGAAAAUGAACGUCGUAAUGUUCCAGAAGAUUGUUGUCUUGAAGAAAUUGAGGCAGAAUGGACUAGUCUAUUGGAAAGACAUAAAAUAAUGAUCAAGAAACUACAAGAAAAACCUGACACAAAUAAUCAAGGCUUUGGAUAUGAUUACGGAACAGAGAAACAAGAUGAAAUUCCUAGUGAUGAAGAGUCCCAUCACCUUGAUGAUAUCCAUUCGUUAUAUGAAGAUAUUUUAGAUUAUGUGGACGAUUUAACUGAUAAAGACCGGCAGACAUUAAAUAUCAUGGGAAAAAAAUAUCAAAUUCCAGAUUAUACUAGAUUAUUACGCAUCGCAAAACGUGAUAGAGAAGAAAAGGCACAAGAGCUUAAAGAAAGUCAGAAGAUCAAAGAACGAAAAUCGCGGCGUCACAUAUCACGAAAAGAAGAACAUAAUGAAAGAUCUCAUGUGCAAAGCCGAUCUUAUUCAAUUAGAGAUUCUCCUACAUAUGAACCUUACACAGAUUCUGAUUCAUCAACGAGCUUUUCAGACGAACAAGAAGUUGGGAAUUUUGUGAUAGAAUUUGGUAAUCCCGAAGAAGAUGCAUCAGAAUCAAGUUCCACUCGACCCCAUGGAUUACAUAAGGAGGAACUAUCUCUAGUACAAUUGCAAAGAGGAUCAUUGUCAUAUACACGGAAAACUGAAACAUUAUCCAGCCAAAAAGCACUUAUUAAUACCAAUAUCAAGGUUCCUCCAAAAAAGCUAACACCUGCUGAAAAAUUACGUUUGAAACUUCAAAUGGGUUUGAACAAGCAAAUUCAAGUGGAUGAGAAAAAGAAAAUUCAGAAGGAACGUGAGCAAAAAUUUGAGCGUUUGGGAAGUGAGGAAAUUGAAAAGCAAUUAAUUAAAUCUGUCGGUAAAAAGGUUAAGAGAUCUGUAUCACGUGAACAUUAUCGUAAAACUAGCGUGAAAUCUAAAUCAUCACGAACAAGAUAUCGUCGAGAUCGUUCGUCUUCCGUCGAUUCGAUAAGAACAAGUAAAAGACGACGUCGCCGCUCCCGUUCAACUUCAUAUACUUCUUCAAGUAGUCGAUCUAGAACACGCUCCAGUUCAUCAAGUUCUGGGAGUUCCACAUCUUCUUAUCGUUCGUCUCGUCGUCACUCGUCAAAUCGUGCAAGUUCACAUGAACGUCGCUAUCAGCGACAAAGAUCACGCUCUAGAUCAACUUCGCCGAAGGAACGUUAUUCAAAUCGCAGAAAACGAUCUGCAGCAAGGUCACCCUCACGUGAUAGUUCUUCAAGAAAAUAG